AUGUUCUUAGAUGUUGCACUGCCAGAUUUCGUAUUCGCAUGUUCGUCGGGCGAGUUGGAUGUUGUCGAUGAUCUUCUCAACAACGUCGAAGAGUCGUCUUUAGCGUCCGGUUUAAUAGCAGCAGCAAGUGGUGGUCAGUUGGACGUAUGCCGCACAAUACUCAAUAAGAAAUCAUCAGCGGCCCAUUACGUUGAUUUUCAACAGUGGAAUGUUUUGCGUGCUGCGGCUUGUAAUAACCACAUAGCCGUUUUGAAUAUGCUCAUAGAAUACGGGAUUGAUGUUGAUGAAUGUGGUAACGGUGGUCGAACAGCACUUCGAGCAGCUGCCUGGAGUGGGCAUGAGGUAAUAGUUGAGCGUCUCCUGCAAGCGAAAGCCGAUGUUGAUAGGAAGGACGCUGAAGGUCGUACGGCUCUGAUGGCUGCCGCAUUUAUGGAUCAUUCAAAUAUUGUUUCUUUGUUACUGAAGACUUUUCAGUUGGUGGAUUCAUCUGGAGCAACUGCCUUGCAUUUAACAUUGGCCAAUUGCGCUCAUUCAGAGGAGCACCAUCAAACCGUUGUGGAGCUUAUAAAUGGAGGAUCUGAUGUGGACAUUGAAGAUAUGAAUGGACGUAACUGUAUCCAUUUGGCCGCAUAUCAUGGUGACAGCAAUUUAGAAAUAAUGAUUCAACGGUGCAAAAAUAUCGACACACAGGAUCAGUGCGGUCGAACAGCGUUGAUGCUAGCAUCAUGCCAAGGCAAAAUGUUGGCAUGCCAGAAACUCAUUGAAAAUGGUGCUGAUAUCGACUGUAUUGAUAACAACGGUCGAACAGCAUUGAUUCUCGCGGCUAUGCAUGCAAACACAGAUAUUUGCAAGAUGUUUAUUAGCUUGGGAGCGGAUGAAGCUCAUAAGGAUAACGACGGCGCAGUGGCAUUGCAUUAUGCAUCGAUGCAUUCAAGUAAAGAACUCGUGAGUAUUCUGUGCACACCAACAACAGUGAUCGCUACAGAUUGCCAUGGGAAUCAUCCGUUGCUGAUUGCUGCCCAGCAUCCAUACGUUGAGGUGGUUGAGGAACUGCUCAAUCUUGGUGCACCGAUUCAUCUGCAAUCUCAUGAAGGUCAAUCAGCAUUACGGAUAGCUGCACUGGCGCAUAACGAAGGUGUUGUUCGUUGUUUGGUGGAAUAUAUGCUGAAAGACGAGAGUGACGCGAAUGAACUGAUUGAACCUGAUUUGGAGAGUACUCCUCUGUUGCAUACGGUAAUGAUUGCGCGUGAUACUGCGAUGUGUUGUGUUCUGCUCUCGUUGGGCACAUCAACGGCUGUGCGUGAUGCGUAUGCAAGGACGUGUGCACAUGUUGUUGCACAGAUUAACGAUGUGAAAAUGGCAGAGUUGAUAAAGGAGUAUGGUGCGAAUUUCGAGACGCGCGACGAGGCUGGUCGUACGCCAUUGAUGACGGCCGUUUGGGCCUCGAAUUAUGAGAUUGCACAUUAUAUGCUCGAAAGUGUUGGUGUGUCUCCGAACGCAGUGGAUUUUCAGGGUGCAACAGCAUUGAAUAUCGCUGCCCAAAUAGGUCAUCGCGAUUUAGUGGUUUUAUUGUUGAAAUUUGGUGCUGAAUCAUCACUGUGUGAUAAUCUCGGUCGUAAUGCAGCUGAUGUCGCUCAGCUUGCAGGCCAUGAACACAUCAGGCAAAUCCUCAAGAGUGCUUCAGGAUCUGCGGAUAGUUCGGGUUUCGGGUCAUUGCCAAACAGUCCGUCCGAUCACCGAACAAAGUCUUUGACACGUCGAAGUGGAAUAGCGACGAAUCCCAAGUUUAUGCAAAGCCCAAAAAUCGUCCAACGUGCAACCACAUGA